UAAAUAAAAGUUUUGUGUUUGUUAAUAAUUGAGAUUUCAUUUUUACUCUCUCCUUUCUGUGAAUUAUAACUAGUUAAACUCGAUUUAGCGCCAUAGUAACAGUUUGUUUUCAUUGUUGUUGCUACGGAUCCGAUUCGUAAAAAUAUCUUGAUUUCAAUCAUAAUAACUUAGUUUAAUUCUAUGAUAAAUACCUAACGUAUUGCGUCGUGUUUCGUUAUUGAGUUACAAUUAAGUUUUGUCUUGCCUGUAAUUAAUUUUUUAUACAUUUUAAGAAGCAGCCCUGAACAGCGGUUUACGGUUCUACGUUGUAUAAGCUUACAUUACAAUUAGUUAACAAUCAAACACAUAAAAGGUACAUUUAUAAUCUAUAUUGUAAUACAAGAAAAACAAUUAUGGAAGUUAUUAUGCAAGAACACUUCGAAAAAAUGUAUCAAUUCUAUGAGGACAAAGAGUUUUGUGAUGUAACCUUGGUUACCGAUGAAGGCUUAAAAAUAGAAGCACACAGAAAUAUACUGGCUUCUGCGAGUAAUGUAUUUUAUACGAUGUUCAGCGGUCAGUUUAAAGAAAGAAACGAAAAUGAGAUUCUUAUAAAAGAAAUAGAUUCUGAAAUUUUAGAAUUGGUGUUGAAAUUUGCAUAUACUUGUAAACUGGAUAUUAAAGAAAAUAAUUGUGAAAAACUGUUGAUGGCUGCUAAUAUGUAUGGUCUAAAUCAUAUAAAAGAGUUAUGUUUUAAAUAUAUUAAAGAAAACAUAAAUCCUACAAAUUGUGUGUGUUUUAUGAAAAAUUCCAAAUUAAUAUCAGAUGAAAAGAUUUACAAUUUUUGUUGGUCUUAUUUUUUAAACCAUUUCACUACAAUUGUGAAUUUGGACCAAGCACUAGAAACACUUUAUGACUUUGAGUUUGAUGAUGUUGUCGAGUUUAUUGCACGUGAUGAUUUAGUAAUAGAUUCUGAAGAAAAGAUAUUUGAUUUUAUCAUUGGUUGGAUACGCUAUAACACAGAUGACCGUAAUGACUUGUUACCGGUUCUUAUGAAAUAUUUACGUUUGGCUUUAAUUUCAAAAGAAGGACUACAAAAGAUUUAUAAUGAACCAUUAGUGAGAAAUAAUAAUGAUGUUAUGAGAGGCAUGUUAGAAACAAUUAUUACUCACGACUGUUUAAAACCAUCAUAUACUCAAGGAAGAUCUACUCAAAUUGAAUCAUCAAAUAUUAUUUUUGCAAUCACUGGUCAUUCAAACAGUGCCGGUUCCUAUGUAAAGUAUAUGGAUAUUAGCAACGUUAAUGACUUAAAUUGGAAAUCAAGCGAUCAUUUAUUUUUUUUGCCUCCCCGUAAAGGCUCAAAGAUGGUAGUCUCUGAUAAUGGGAUAAUACUUGCGAUUGAUGGUUCUAAUGACUCUGGUGUUAAUGUAAAUCUUGUAGACGAGCUUGAUCUUAAGUUAAAAUCAAAACAAUGGGUUUCUACAUGGCCAAUGAAUCGAUCGCGAAAAAAUUUUGCUGUUUGUACUUACAAGCAGUACAUAUAUGUCGUUGGAGGCUAUGAUUUAUCAAAUAGUAAUCGUUUGAAUUCUGUAGAAUACUAUGAUAUAAUUUCAAAAGUAUGGAUCGAAAUUACUGAGCCAAUGUCUACUGCUCGAUCCUCGUGCAGUGCUGCAGUAUUUAAUAAUAAAUUAUAUGUUUUUGGUGGAUGUGAUAAUUAUGAUUCUCUUGCAACUGUAGAGUACUAUGAUCUUGAAAAGAAACACUGGCAACAACUCGAUCCUAUGCCGAUAUGUAAUUAUAGCAUGGGCGUGUCAAGAAUAGAUAAAGUCCUUUAUCUCAUUGGUGGUUCUUGUGCACUUCGACGAGUUUUUAAAUUCGAUUUACAACAUUUCAAAUGGGAAGAAAUGCCUAACAUGAACAUGGAUUGUAAUGGAUAUUGCUCAACAAGUGUUGGUAUCAUGAAAAACGAUUUAUUCGUGUUUGUGAAUAAUCAAGGAAAACUUCAUUGUGAAAGAUAUGACAGAGGAAAAAAUCAAUGGCAAUUGGUUGAUAGGGUAGGAGAGUCAUUAAACCUAACUAGUCAUAUCAUUACUUUCAAUGAUAUUACUCUUAAAUCCUAUGGUAUUCAAUUAUGAUAAUAUUUUUUUUUUAAAUACCUUUUUGUGAAUUCCAUUUAGUCUUAAAUUUAUUUAUACAUUUUGUUGUUGAUUUUUAUUUGUAUUUGUUAAUACUUUGGAAGAACUUCAUUGUGAAAUAUGUUACACAGAGAAUACAUGGCAUCUGGUUGUCUGGGCAGAAGAGACUUCAAACGAUUUUGUUAUAAUAUUGUUUUAGUAUAAUAGUAUUCACUUAUAAUAUAACUUUUUAGUAAUUAAAUCCAAUUUGUUGUAUCUUAAAUACAUGCAUUAUAACUAUAUACUCGUAUUUAAAAGUAAUGUUUUUUUAUGUGUUUAUUGUCUAUUUGGAAAAUAUAAAAUAAA